CUUAAUUACCCAAACUCAUUUCAGCAACAUAUACACAAGCCAUAGCUAGCCUGGCUUGGCUGACAGGCUAGACAAACCCAUCAUGUCAUGCCUUGCUGAAACCUUACUGUUCUUAUUAUUAUCAUUACUGGCUUGUCCGGCUUUAUCAGACCCGUUGUAUCAGUCAUGCGGCACAACCGGCAACUACACCACAAACAGCACCUACCAAUCCAACCUCUUGACACUCCUCUCCUCGCUCUACUCCAAUGGCUCUAUUUCAGGCUUCUACAAGAACACAGUGGGCACAGUGCCCAACGACAAGAUCUAUGGCCUGGUCCUCUGCCGCGGCGACAUUAAUACUACCACUUGCCGCAACUGCCUCGAAGUCGCCAUGCAAGACGUGCUCCAAAUAUGCUCCAACAAAAAGGGUGCACUUGUAUGGUAUGACCUCUGCCUCCUCGGUUAUUCCAACCAAAACUUCCUCUCCUCUACCAACGACUCCAAUCCCCUCAUCAUGUACAAUGCCCAGAACUUGUCUGACCCUGAGAAGUUUAACCGGCUUGAGGUUGACCUUAUAGUUAUGGAUAUGAUAGCCCGUUCUGCAGCUAACUCAUCCCGGAGAUUCGCCACAUGGGAGACACCCGUCACUGUGUCUUACCAUAAAAUAUACGGCUUGGGCCAGUGCACCCCGGAUUUGUCUGGAGAUCAGUGCUAUCUAUGCUUGAAAGGUGUUUUUAAGGUGAUUCCUGAUUUUGUAUAUAGUCGAGGACUGAGAGUUAUUGGAGUGAGAUGCAAUUUCAGGUUUGAGCUGUAUCAGUUCUAUCAAUAUGAAGAGCCCCUGCUGCCACUGUCUGCUCCCUCUCCUCGGUCGAACGAUACGAAUACCACGACCACGACCACGACCACAGCUGAGGAAGGAAGCAGGAACCAUGCAGGAAUGGUUGUUCUUUAUGUUGCCCUUCCUUUCAUUGCUUCCAUAGUGCUUCUCUCUCUUAUUUAUGUGAUUUUUUGGGGGAGAACUAAUAGGAAGCUGGUAUUCUUUCCUGAAAUUAAAGAUGAAACACUAUUGACAAGUGCAGAGUCCAAAUUGUUUGAUUUGAGUACCCUAAGAGAAGCUACUAACAACUUCUCUGAUGCAAACAUGCUAGGUGAAGGUGGAUUUGGUCAGGUGUACAAGGGAGCAUUGAAGGAUGGGCAAGAAAUAGCUGUGAAAAGGCUAUCUAGGACAUCUGAGCAAGGAUUGUUGGAGUUGAGGAAUGAGGUGGUUUUUGUUGCUAAGCUUCAACAUAGGAACCUUGUAAGGUUAUUGGGAUGUUGUUUAGAAGAGAAGGAAAAGCUUCUUGUCUAUGAGUACCUUCCAAAUAGGAGUCUUGACAAGAUUCUAUUUGAUCCUCUUAGAAGCCAAUCAUUGGAGUGGUGUCUAAGAUACAAGAUUAUUGAAGGCAUUAGUCGAGGACUUUUUUAUCUUCAUGAAGAUUCACGUCUAAAAAUUAUUCAUCGAGACUUAAAGGCAAGUAAUGUUUUGCUAGACAAGGAUAUGAACCCAAAAAUUUCUGACUUCGGUCUUGCUAAGCAUUUCGGGGCAAAUGAGACACAUAAAGACACAGGAAGAAUUGCUGGAACACAUGGAUACAUGGCGCCUGAGUAUGCUAUUUAUGGAAGAUUGUCACCCAAAUCAGAUGUUUUCAGCUAUGGUGUCUUGGCCUUGGAGAUUGUGACUGGUGGAAAAAAUAGUGACUUUGAAAAAUGUAAUCCUCCAACAAACCUUCUCACCCAUGUUUGGCGGCAAUGGAAUGAAGGGAAUCCAUUGGAGUUGGUUGACCAAACUCUUGGUAACAUAUUCAUCAAAGAACAGGUGUUGAGAUGCAUCCAUAUUGGGUUACUUUGUGUCCAAGAAGACCCAACAAAGAGACCUAGCAUGGCUUCAGUUGUGAACAUGCUCAACAAUGACUCUGUUUCUCUUCCAAUAUCUACUGCACCAGCUUUCUUCAUCUCACCGGAUGAAGUUCUUGAUUUUGUUAUCGAGGAGGAUGCCAAUGGAUAUAAUCAUGCCCAGAUGAUCUCUGAAAAUGAAGUAUCUAUCUCUGAAAUAGGCCCUCGAUAAUAUAAAUUUGAUCUCCAGGUUUGUCAAGAAGAAUGUUGCACAUAUUGCUUACUAUUAGUUGACUAUGUCUUUGAAAAAAAAAUUAAUUAUUUUGUGCAAUUUAUCGAUGAAUACAGUACAAAAUAUAAUGAUCAAGCUUGUCUGAAUUGUAUUUA